AGUGGUAUCAAACUUUUAAUCCUUCUCAGACACCGUUAAACUCCUCGUGGCCUCCGCUCUCUUCCUCUCUCACAAGCGCACGCACUAAAUCUUCCAUUGAAUCUGUUUUGUGAAUUUGGGAGGGUUUGGUUUUAUAUAUGUAAUGCGUCAGAAGAAAUCAGAAGUUCAGAUCGGAACAGAAAGCAGUGGCAUCUCUUCCGAUUUCAACCCUAUCCCACUGCCCCCUUCUUCCCUUACACAAAAACAUCCACAUCUUUUCCAAAAUUUUCACCCAAAUACUCACCAUCCUUCAAAUUCGUCGUCUUACGUGAAUAAUAGUACCCUUCAGAUCCUUAUCAAUGAUGAAAAUCGACUGAAGGGUCAAAAUGAUCGGUUUCCCCUCAAACCCUCACCUUUGAAGAGACCUAAUGUUCAACAAAUUUCAAGUUCGCUUACCAAGACUCCGACUUUGUCAAAUGCCCUUCACAGAUAUGGGAUAUCUGGACCACACCCACCUUCGAAAUUUAAUCUUCUUUACACGAGGUCUCAGAAAUUCUUGACCCACUUCCACCACCAUGUUCGUUACCUACGCGGUCGUAUGCGCCUCCAUCUCCGCCUCAUACUACUCCUCAGUCUUCCCUUCUUUUACUUCCUUGUCUCCCACCCUUCCAGCUCCUUUAUUCUUGAUUUCCUCUCCGCCUUUGCCUUCUCUGCUGCGCUCUUGUUUUCGCUCAAUUUGGCCAUUCCAAGACUCCCCACGAUAUGGUUGUGCCUUGCCAGGUCGUUGCCAGUUAAAAUUCGUGCUAAAAAACAAGUGAACUGGCCACAAUUACCGGUGUUAUGGUCAAUUGGGUCUUCACUCAAGGCGGAUAAGAAGGCAAUUUCAGGGUCUUAUGUACAGGCAUUCAACAACGGGGAUGUGUAUGAGGGCGAAUAUCAUAAGGGGAAGUGUAGUGGGAGUGGGGUGUAUUACUAUUACAUGAGUGGGAGAUAUGAAGGAGAUUGGGUGGAUGGUAAGUAUGAUGGAUAUGGAGUUGAGACAUGGGCGAGGGGUAGCCGGUAUAGAGGGCAGUACAGACAAGGGCUUAGGCAUGGCUUUGGGGUGUACAGGUUUUAUACAGGAGAUGUCUAUGCUGGGGAGUGGUCUAGUGGGCAGAGCCAUGGGUGUGGUAUUCAUACUUGUGAAGAUGGGAGCCGUUAUGUGGGGGAAUUUAAGUGGGGCGUUAAACAUGGUCUUGGACACUACCAUUACAGGUACUUCAAGUUGUAUGUAUUUGUGAUCUGUCAUGUCUGGCGUGUUUUGUUCAGACAAGAUGAUGCUUAUGAUUUAGAUCAUCUUCUUCUAAAUCAGUUAGAGCCCUUGACCGAGCAACAGUUAAUGUCAAUAAACAACUUACAACAGUCAUCUCAACAGGCUGAAGACGCCUUGUCACAGGGAAUGGAAGCAUUGCAGCAGUCUUUGGCCGAAACAUUGGCCGCCUCACUCGGCCCAUCAACAGGAAAUGUUGCCAACUACAUGGGUCAAAUGGCAAUGGCUAUGGGAAAGUUGGGAACUCUGGAAGGCUUCAUUCGUCAGGUUAUCUUUUUGCUCUUUGUACCUUUUGUUUUCUGUUAUCAAUCCUAUCCCCUAGCCAGCACCCGUCUCUUUGUUCAUUUUAUUUCUGCAUAUCCCAAGAAGAAGGCUGACAAUUUGCGGCAACAGACUUUGCAACGAAUGCAUAGUAUAUUGACAACUCGGCAAUCAGCUCGUGCUCUACUUGCCAUCAACGAUUACUUCUCUCGGCUUCGAGCACUUAGCUCUCUUUGGCUUGCUCGUCCCCGUGAUUACUUGAAUCGAAUCCAUCAGUUAAGUAGUUACUUUGAUAGAUAUACAGCAGCAAACUGGAAACGUUUUCCCAAAGGGUCCCUAGAAUCAGAAUUGACUCGGUAUAACUCUGAGAUGGAGAAGGUGCAGAGCGAGUUGAUUAAGAUGAGUGAGAGGGUUGUGCAUUUGGAACUGGAAAGGAGUGUUGUGUCUGUGGUGACGGUUCUGUUGCCAUUGUUGAGGGUUGGUGGUGGUUGCGACGAUGAUGGCCGGUCACUGCCGCUGGAAAUGGGCUUUGUGAUGAGUUCUUUGUUUAAUUAUCAGGAAGCAAGACGAGCAGCAGAGAAAGCUUAUGAUGUGGCGAAGGUGGAUGAAAGAGUGAACAGGGCUGUAGCAGCGGCUAACAGGGCAGCUCAUGCAGCUAGAGUAGCAGCAGUGAAUGCUGUCCAAAAGCAAAUGCAUAAUUGAAGAGACGAGAUUCCAAUUUUCCUGGUAAAUGAAUCUGCAACUAACUAAAUAGUCAGUUCAAAAAUGGACUUCAGCACAAAAUAUCGUUGCAGGAGGUUCAACUGGUAGUGAUAUUCAUGGGUCAUCUUAUUGUUUUGACCUCUAUUCUUACUUUGUUCUUUCGAAAUACAAUUUAGUUUCUUGGUGGAAGCUGAAUUUUGAAUCAGCUCAUGUUCUUUGCUGACAUGAUCGUGUCGACCAGGUUAGAGAGAGAGAGAGAGAGGUCUCUAUGUUGCUUGUGUUUUUCAUUUUGUUUUUGUAAAGUUGAGGUGGGUAUAAAAUGAAAGGCUGGUGCCCAGGGAAACCCCUAAUUUAUCCGGCCUUGUAUGUGAAUAACUGCUACGAUAUUCAAUAGAAAUGUAAUAUUCUCAAGUAUAGAAUGUAUAGUUAUUAAUUUUCCUCUUUUCCUUGGACUGAAGUUCAAGAAUGUAGUCUUCCAUUGCAUGACAGUGAA